CAUGUAGAAGAAUUAUGUCUGAUUUUUAAGGGAGUUGUGUCACGAUUCCAAAUCCAGGCGAAGUAAACGCUGGAUGCGGGAGCGUCUCGUACGUCUCCGGAGCGUCUCGCGGCAGCGCCGACUCGUCUCUCCAUUAGCCGGCCUGCCGGCGCGCGCUGAUCGGGGUCCGAUGGGCCGGCCUGCACAGGCUGGGGAAGAUGGCGCCUUCCGAGCAAGCCGAGCAGCAGGCGCAGGUGGCCACUGCCCUGUCCAAAGAAGAGGCGGAACCGAGAGAAGCGCUGGUCGCGACGGCUGUGAAGUUUCUACUGAACCAAAAAGUCCGGCAGAGUCCGCUGAGCACCAGGAAAGCCUUCCUGAAGAAGAAAGGUCUGACCGAUGAUGAGGUGGAGCUUGCCAUCCAGCGUUCAGGUGCCACGGAUGAGCCCCUGACUGUGGCCCCCACGGGAUCGGACCCCCUCCUCCUGCACCCGCAGCUGCAGGCUCCUGUGGCAUACAGACCCACCGGCCCCCGAUGGAGAGACUAUGGCGCCCUGGCAGUCAUCAUGGCCGGCAUCGCUUUCGGCUUCCACCACCUGUACCGGAAAUACAUCCUUCCCCUCAUCAUGGGCAGCAAGGAGGACAAGAAGCAGCUGCAGAGGAUGGAGAGCAGCAUGGCCGAGAUGAGCAGCACGCUGACGCAGACAGUCGCCCAGCUCCAGACCACUCUGGCCUCUGUUCAGGAGCUCCUGGCCCAGCAGCAGCAGAGGAUACGGGAGCUGAGCCAGGACUUGGCCUCUUCUGAGGCUUCCUCGGCCACGGGUCGCAUGUUGGAAUCGCAGGCCAUGAGCGAGCUGAAGGCUGAGAUGGCGUCCCUGAAGGGGCUUCUGCUCAGCAGGAGACAAUUCCCAGCAGCACCCUCUGUCCCAAAGAUCCCCUCAUGGCAAAUUCCCUUGAAACCAGGUGCACUCUCUGGCACCCCCUCUGUCAACCACAACAACAGCAGCAGUGACAUCUCGCCCGUCAGUAACGAGUCAGCCUCCUCGUCCCCUGUCAAGGAGGGCCACAGCCCCCAGGUGCCGCAGGCGGGGCCCCUGGGCCUGGGCAGCGAGGGUGUUGGCUUGGGCCCCGCACUGCCCGUUAACCUGAAGGACCAGGUGCGUAUGGAGGUGCAGGGAGAGGAGGAGAAGCGAGAGGAUGAGGAUGAAGAGGAGGAUGAUGAUGACGAGGAGGAGGAUGAGGAGGAGGAUGAGGAUGAGGUCGGCCACAUGAACGAGGAAGAGGAGCACCUGAGUGUGCAGACGGAGGACCGUCGGGGCGGCGACGGGCAGAUAAACGAGCACGUCGACAAGCUGCGGCGGCCCGAGGGGGCCAGCAACGAGAGCGAGGUGGACUAGGCCCCGCCCCACACUGCAGCCACGACACCCCCCGUCUCCGGCUUUCGGUAUCCAUGGUUGUUUGAAUUUCCUAUGUCGUCAUAAUCAUCCCGAGUAACCAGUCAGGACACUUAGCCCAGAAGGUGAGCUCCAGGCCACACACUGCUGCUCCCAUUGCUUAACUUCCGGUCCCUAACACGCCUGACUUGACCAGGGCGAGGUGGUGCUCUGGAGGCGUACUGAGCCUGGUGUACUGAGGUCAGCGGGAGGGACCGGCACGUGGGUGGCUAGCAGUCAUUCCCCCGCUUUCCCCUCUCAGUGGUUGAGGCCACGUUCUGGUUGACACGGGAAACUGAUGGAAGCCGCCUCUUCACUGUCCCGCCUGACGCAGACUCGACCCCGGUGCUGUUAUCACUGUAACUAUCUGUCAGCUAGUUAGACUCUCUCCACUUUCCCUUCCUCGGAAAAACCAGGCCGCAGCGACGCCAAAGAAUUCUAGCGUGGACCCCAAGCAUUUUAGCGGCGGGGGUGCUGGCCCGUCGACCACUCAGCGGAGCAGAAGCAGGAACUCCCCUGCAGUGGCGGAGGGCGAUUCUGCCGUCACCUUGGCUUUCGCUAGACGUGACUCUGAGGUCGUGCCUUCUGCCUGUGUAUCGUCUUCUGCUGCGAUGCGGCUCGGUGUUUGUGCAAAUGUUUAUUCAUGGGCCUCAGCCCCCCCCCCCCCCCCCCCCCUCCCGCUCGCUGUUACUUCUUCCUCCGCUGCAUCUCCGUCUCCAACUGUGCGGCUGAUUCGGUUUAUGAAGUAUGUUAAUAAUCAAAUGAUCAACAAUAACAGAUGUAUUAGUUCAUCGCGGCUUGAAAUGUCAAGGAGGCUAAAAUGGAAAAUCCUAAUACCGAAAGCUGUUAUAUUAUAUUAUAUUACAUGACAAACCCUCCAGUCCAAAUUAUAUAGGCCUCCUACAGUGAAUAAUCUUAACAUGAAACGGCACUGAGGUUUUUGUAAUUAAACUGUGUAAAACAAUGGUGGUUGCAGCAUAACUGAUGACAGUUCUGCCUCUUUACUGGUUCCUGCUGCUGAUAGUGGGGGUGGGAGAUUUGGGGGGGCACCCUCCAUUGUAAAUGGAGAGUAACAUAUGAAUACUUAACUAAUGAAAUUAGUCAUUCAUCCAGCUGACAAAAAAAAUCCCUCAAGUGAGAAUUACAGUAUAGGGUCUGUCGUGGAGUUUUCACUUUUAACAAAUGGUGUCUCACACUAACGAAAUAAAGACACGGUCUGGUGAAACGUUCACAGUGACUUGAGUGGUUUGUGUGUCUGCGCUGGCCAGGCCUCGCGAGGGGGCCUGCGGGCUGCUGGCUGUGAUACACCCCCCUGCUUCACUGUUACCCCUGAGUUACAGCGCCGGCAGUGUGCAGCAUCAGAUAAAUUUAAGGGGGGAGGUGGGGGCCGAAGACCUCGGAGCCUCUCAGCUGGCAGCACCUUGGGCCGAGUGGGAGGUGGGACGACCUGGCGCCCAGAGUGCCAGCAAUAAUCCGCGGAUCAAAGGCCCCAGUGAGGCAGUGCCGCCAUCCCCGCUCACUGCGCAGUGUCCCAGACCACAGCCUGGGAGUGAUGCAUCGGCACGGGGCGGGGCCUCUUCCUGUGAACUGCACCUCACAGGCAGCGCAUGCUUGUGACUCCAAACGGUGCCGUUUUCCCUCCUUAAAUGCGGCGCCUCUCUGUCAGAGCUCCCCCUCCCGACCGGUAGGCUGCCGCUUAUUUGUGAGUGUGUGUAAAACGCCGAGGUCAGAAGCAACAUGUGUAUGAAAUUGUAAUAAAUCUGAUUUAAGUUUCACCA